AUGAGUAGCACCACGCUAACCGAAGCGCUGAAUCGCCUGAGCAGCUGCAAGGAGCCGGCGGAUCUCAUCUACAGCAGGGAUGCUGCACGUCUGCUGGGCAGUGCAGCUCUGCCACAAAGCGCGGCGCCGACUGUUUUACCACCACACGGGACCAGCCCUGUAGAUGACUACUCGGUGCUUCUCGCUCGCAGGAUAGGUACGAUGGUGGCACGCCUCGACGAGCUCUCGAGCCCCACCUCUCAGGUUAUCCUCACCCCACGAAUGAUGCUAUGUGAGUUGAUGGACAUUGUGCGUCAAGCCCUUUACGAUUCCCUCCCAGCGGAUAUGCAGAACGCCUCGCCGACUGACAAGGCGGCGGUGGUGAAGCAGUUUAACUCGUACGCCUCCUCGCGGCAAGUGCCGAUCGACUCUGCUGUUGAGGGACUCUACGCGGUUUCCUACGUGAGCGUGAAGCUGCGCAUCGAGCUGGUGGCGCUGCAGCUGCAGCGUCGCAUUCAGGAGGAACUCGCCAAGAAGCACACGAAGACCUCCGCGGCGAGUGUCGCGGCUCUUGUCGUAACACAAACGCUUUUGGAAGACUUUGUGGCGGUGUACAAUAACAUCAUGCUCACCGUGCCUAUCAUCAAGGCGGCAGUCCGCGAGAGUAACGCCGAGGAGGCAGCGCGGCGGCUGGCACCCGUCUACCCGCAGUACUACUACCAGCUCUGCGAUUGGGCGCUCGUCCUCGAGUCGACCGUGAGCUCGCCGCCGAUGUCCUACACGCAGGUGACGCGGGUGAAGAUCAACGAGCAGGAUGGCACCGCUGUCGUUGACUUGCACCGGCCUACGCCAGAGACGCCGUGGGGGUUGUUGCUCAACGAGCAGGGCGCGCUGGUGGACAUCGACGUGAGCCUGCGCGUCUUUGAGAAAGCGAGGAAGCUGCACGACCUGCUCCAGUCCACCCCGCAAGGUGCCUCCAUCGUGAUGAUUAAGGGUCGGUCGGUGGAACCUGUGGCGCACGGCGAUUACGCGGCCUACACGCGGCAUCUGCUGCAGACCUUACAGUCAGCGACGGAGGGACGCAAGAACGUGCAGCUGGUGCUCAAGUCUAGCUCGUUUAAGGCAGAAGCCCGCUCGCUGCCGACGGAAGUGGCCUUUCUCGCUCCACCACAGGGCGGUGAAGGCACCCCUGGCCAGCGCGUGACGCUGGUUAUGCACCGGCAGAGCACCGCAGCGGAAUGGGGCUUCACGGUCGACGAGCAACUUUACUGGCGCGCGCCCUCAACGCACAUUCUGUCAAGGCCGGCGAAGGAGUUCGUGCACGAGUAUGGCAUGCAGCUACGACUGCUGGCAGUGAACGGCGUUGAGGCGCUGCACAUGACGCAGGUGCAGCUCCUGAUAGAGGCAGCCGAGACUGUCGUGUUGGAGCUGCUCGUGAUGCCCAAGUCCGCACAAGAUCGCCUACCUGCCUCACGCAGCACCACAACGACGACGCCUGUCGCGGCUACAACGCUCAGCAGAGAGAUGCUAUCGGCAGAAGCCGCGGAGCCACGUGAUACGAUAAGUGGCGAUGACCUUGACAGAGGCCGCGUGGAGGCGGCAGUUAGCAAAUUCUUGCAGCAGCGUGCCGCCGCUUCCACUGCAGCCGCCGUCUCAAGUGCGGUUGACCCGCCGAUAGCGAUGGAGACACCCCUGGUAGAGUCUGCUACUAUACCACCAUCGCCGGCCGCCGCGGCCGCAGUGAUUGCGGCGGAGGGCGCCAAGAAGGGGAAGAAGCGUGGAAGAAAACCGAAAGCCCCAAAGCAGCAGCUGGCGGAAUCUACUGUAUCUCAAACGGCAGCAGUUUCGCGAUCCGUGGCGGACGCCGAGCCCACGGCUGUGCCCUCGGCGGAGGCCAUCAUACAAGAUAGAGAUGGGAUAGAGGCUGAAAAGGCAGCGAGCGACGCGAGUGAGCCACCAGGUGCUCGCCCGCAAAAACCGGAGGGAGAACCUGUGGAGCCGUGCACGUUCGACAACCAGGUCAAGCUCACUCACCUUUCCGAGGAUGAGAUGGUGCUGGAGCGGCCCUCCGUGGACACGCCGUGGGGACUGCCGAUUGGUCGCCUGACGGACCCGUCCAAGGCGCCGCAACAGCUGCCUCUGCGCUUGAUGAGUCUGCCAAGCAGUCGCAAGGCAAGGGUGCGUCAGCAUCCCUUCUUCAGAAACUUCAGGAAGGAGCCCACCACGUGGUACAUCGCCGCGGUAAACGGCACGUCAGCGUCGGAAGCCGAGGCGACGCUGAAGCAUAUUAGCCAGCUCACUCGCAUGACACUGCGUUUUCUUCGAAAGUAG